AUGGAUUUCUUUGUGUGCUCUGCAGAGGGGGACUCUGUUACUCAACCUAAAGAUGAGACGGGUCUGGAGGGCAGCAGUGUGACACUCAGCUGUCGGUAUGAGACCACAGCAUUAGCAUCUCAACAGUAUCUCUUCUGGUACCAGCAGAAACCCAAUGGAUUCCCCAAAUAUAUUCUACAGAAACCGGAUUUUGGACAAGACAAUGGCCCUGGUUUUAAGGGGAGAUUCAAUGCUACACUCAACACAGACACAAAAACUGUUAAUCUGAUGAUCCAGGAUCUGCAAGUGUCUGACUCUGCUGUGUACUACUCUGAUAAAGAGAGAGGCACCAGUGAGAGUGUGGCAGAGGCUUUCAGAGUAUAUCCCUGUACCAUUAUGGCACACUGGCUAUGGGAGUUACUGCUGCUGUCUGUGUGUUUUUCUGAGUGCAGAUCACAGGACACAGUUGAUCGAACAGAGUCAGUUAAAAUGGCUCUAGAGGGGAAAACAACAACUCUGAAAUGUACAUACAAAACAAGUGGAACUCCUACUCUUUUCUGGUACCAACAAAAGGCCAAUGACUUCCCCAGAUACAUGGUCAAAGUAUUCCGUUCUGGGUCUGGAUCUGAUUAUGAAGCUGAUGAGGUAUACAAGAGGAGAUUUCAUGCUGAGCUCAACGACUCCAGCGUUUCUCUGACAAUCCAGGAUCUGCAGGUGUCUGAUACUGCUGUGUACUACUGUGCUCUGAGGCCCACAGUGACAGCUGCACACUCAGCACUCAUACAAAAACUGUCUGAUCUCACUGUGUAG